UUUCUCGACUACAAGUCGCCCAUAUCAUUUCUCUUUUUUGCCGAGGGCACUCGAUUCACCAAAGAAAAACAUGAGAACAGCGUCAAAUUUGCCAAGGAGAGAGGUCUUCCUGUACUUACCCACCACCUUUUGCCUCGCACAAAGGGAUUCAGUUUUUCAGUUAAAACAUUCAAGGAAAAAUAUCCUGAAAUGUUGGUCUGUCAAAUUGAGCUUCGGUUCCCCAAAGAUUCGCCACCACCAACUUUCAUGUCGCUGGUUAAAGCUCGUCCUUUGAAGCCUGACCUUUACGUUCGCUUUGUAUCAGUGGGUGAUAUUCCCUCUGAUACUGAAGAAGAAAUGAACAACUACCUCUAUGAUCUCUACAAAGAAAAGGAUGAACUUGUUGAGUACUAUGAAAAGAACAACGAGUUUCCAGGCAUCAAGGUGGUCGUCCCGCCGAGACGAGCAACUCUCUACAACUGGCUUGCCUGGCUUCUCUUUGGAUGCAUUGUGAUUCCAUAUUAUUUGGCGAGCAUUUUCCUGUACGGAAGCUGGCUUACCAUUGGCAUCAUUUCAUCAAUUAUUCUUUUUGGAAUGUUUUCUAUCUACAUGAUGGUGAGCUCGACCAAAAUCCAGAAAACCGGCUCAAAGUACGGCACUGGCAGUGCUAAAAAGUCUGAAUAG